AUGAGCGAGGACACAAUCAGAGUGGUGAUCUGUGGAGAUGAGAACGUGGGAAAGUCCAGUUUGAUAACGUCGUUGGUGAAGGACACCUUCUUGAAGAUCAAGAUCGACAAUGUGCUUCCUCCCAUCUCCAUUCCAAGGGACUUUUCCUACUCCCCAUACACACCCAAUUCUACGCUAUUGAUUGACACCUCUUCGCAGGAUUUGACGAGUUUGCAGGCUGAGAUCAGAAAGGCAGAUGUGAUAUGGCUCGUUUAUUCAGACCACUAUACCUACGAGAGAACUUCGUUGUACUGGAUGCAGAUGUUUCGAUCCAUGGGCGUCAACUUGCCAGUCGUGCUAUCUGCCAAUAAGUCUGAUUUGCAACCAAAAGAAAACAAGAAAGAUGCCAAAGACAGCAAAGACAGCAAAGAGAACAAAGACAGCAUAAUCACCGACGAAUUCAUCCCAUUGUUGAAAGAAUUCAAAGAAAUUGAGUCGUGUAUAAGAUGCAGUGCAAAGGAAAACUAUAAUGUUAACCAGGCCUUUUAUUUGUGCCAAAGAGCAGUAACUCAUCCGAUUUCCCCAUUGUAUGAUCCGAAAGAAAUGAACUUGAAACCAUUGGCUAUCAAGGCUUUGAAAAGAAUCUUUUUUUUAUGUGAUAAAGAUCAAGAUGGAUACUUGAAUGAUAACGAAUUUUUACACUUGCAGAAAAAAUGUUUUCAUAAAAAUAUUGAUUUAAAUGAGUUAAAUAACAUUAAAUUUUCAAUAAACGAAAGCUUGAAACUUUUAAACAAAGAAAAUAAUGACAAUAAUGCAAAAAAAGGUAACAUCAAUAAUAAUAAUAAUAAUAAUAAUAAUAAUAAUAAUAAUAAUAAUAAUAAUAAUAAUAUAAAUAGCACAUAUAAAAGCAAUAAGAUUAAUUCUAACAACUAUAUAACAGAGGAAGGAUUUAUAAUGCUAAAUAGGCUAUACGCAGAGAAAGGAAGGCAUGAAACCAUUUGGGGCAUUUUAAGAACAUUCCACUAUACAAAUUCAUUAUCAUUAGAUGGAAACUAUUUAGUGCCUAAAAUUGAUAUCCCAUUGAAUUCAUCAGUUGAACUAUCACCCAUUGGAUAUCGGUUUUUUGUUGAUUUAUUUACGCUAUUUGACAAAGAUAACGAUGGAGGACUAAAUGAUAACGAAUUGAACAACUUAUUUCAACCAACACCGGGAAUACCAAAAUUAUGGCAAGAAUUCAAUUUUCCGAUGACAACUGUUCGAAAUGAAAAGGGCAAUGUAACAUUACAAGGAUGGCUAGCUCAAUGGUCAAUGACAACCUUUUUGGACUACAAAACUACAUUAGAAUACUUGGGCUAUUUAGGGUUUGAAGACGCCGGCACACUAACUAAUAGCAACAAUAAUAAUCUUAGAAAUAACAAUGAUAACAUCAGUGGAUUUUAUGACAACGAUAAUGAUAAUACCAACAAUAAUGGAUACUACAUUGUUACCCCAAGCUUACGAAAUAAAAAAAUAUCAACAAGUGCAGCUUUGAAAAUUACAAAACCAAGAAAGAUUAGGUACAAGAAUAACAAUAAAUACCGCGCUUCAAUUAAUGAUAGAACAGUUUUUAAUUGUUUUUUAUUAGGUUCAUCAGGAUGUGGCAAGACAUCGUUAAUGGAAGCAUUUUUGGGCAGAAGUUUCAGUGAACUAUAUUCACCUACGAUAACGCCUCGGAUGGUGGUCAAUAGUGUUGAAUUGAGAGGUGGUAAACAAUGCUAUUUAAUUUUGGAAGAAUUAGGUGAAUUGGAACCAGCCAUAUUGGAAAACUCGAAAAAAUUGGACCAAUGUGAUAUAUUAUGUUUAUGUUAUGAUUCAUCCGAUCCAGAUUCAUUUAGAUAUUUAAUUGAAUUAGUCAAAAAAUACUUUAGUGACAACAAUAGCAAUAUUAACGAUAACACUCGAUUCAAUGGGAAUUUUCUCAAUAAUAUUCAUGGAAAAUUUACCACUACAAAUAUCAGCAGUGUAAAUAAUCUUAAUACCCUUAAUGCUCAUAAUAACGGUAAUUUGAACAUUAACGAUAAUAAUAGAGACGGAAAUCUUAUUAAAAACAAUAAUAAUACUAAUGAUAAUAAUUCAAAUUAUAAUUUCAAUUUCAGUAUCCCAAUGGUGUUUGUUGGGUUAAAAGCAGAUUUAGAUAAACAGCAACAAAGAUGUGAGUAUCAGCCGGAUCAAUAUAUCAAAAAGAUAUUAUGUUUGAAAAAUAACGUUUCCUUACAUGUCAGCAGUAGCUGGCCAAGUUCACUAAAUGAGUUGUUUUUACAUCUAUGUGAAGUAGCACAAAGACCAAAUUUAUCAACACCAGGGGUGGAAUCACCUUUGGACAAUAAUGGGAAUAGUAAAGGUGGAGAUGAAAAUUUAUUAACGACAAUGGUUGUGUUUGGUACAACGAUUGGAUUUCUUUCGGUGAUAAGUGUUUGGGUUUGGAAAAUGUCAAUAGCGCAUAAAUAA